CUACCAAAAAUGUCUACACUGGUUUCUGAACCAUUCCAAGCCUUGAGCUUGAAGCCUGUUUUCAGUGCUUCAGGCAUUAAGGGCAAACGAGUCACUGCACUGUCACCACAAGGAAAUGCCCUCACUGAUUUCAUUCAAACAGCCAUUGCCGAAAAACCAGACAUUGACUCUCCAUUCAGCGUACUAGAUUUGGGGGUCGUUAUGGGCUUGUUGGAAAAAUGGACCACCAAGCUUCCCACGGUCCGGCCCUUCUACGCCGUCAAGUGCAAUCCCAACCUCGCCCUCAUCGGGGCUCUCGCCGCCCUAGGCACCAGCUUCGACUGUGCCAGCAAAGCCGAGAUUGAAGCCAUUUUAUCCCUUGGAGUCUCACCCGACCGCAUCAUCUACGCCAACCCUUGCAUAUCCGAAUCCCACAUCGAAUACGCCGCCACCGUAGGCGUCAACGUCACAACCUACGACUCUAAAGACGAGGUAGAAAAGAUACGCAAAUGCCACCCCACGUGCGAGUUGCUUCUCCGCAUCAGGCCGCCGCAAGAAAGUGGAGCGCGCACCAGCUUGGGCCUCAAAUACGGCGCGCUUCCCGAAGAAGUCCCGGAGCUUCUGAGCGUGGCUCACGCCGCCGGACUCAAAGUGACGGGAGUGUCCUUCCACAUUGGAAGUGGUGGAGGCGACCCGCAAGCUUACAAAGGAGCCAUAUCUGCGGCAAAGUCCGUCUUCGAUAUUGCUUCCCUGCUGGGCAUGCCGAGAAUGCGCGUUCUCGACAUCGGCGGCGGCUUCACCUCCGGGCCGGAGUUCGACGUCGCGGCUAUGCAAAUCAACGCGGCAAUUCAAUGCAGCUUCGGGAAAGAGGAGCUGGUGGUUAUUGGCGAGCCGGGUCGUUACUUUGCAGAAACGGCUUUCACGUUGGCCACGAAGGUUAUCGGUAAACGCGUGAGAGGAGAGUUGAGGGAGUAUUGGAUUGACGAUGGAAUUUAUGGAACGCUUAUUAACAUCGUAUUUGACUACGCUACCGUCACGUGCAUGCCACUCGCCUGCACCUCGAAACCUGAGAACCCUUUUUGCAGGGAUUCCAAAACCUACUCUUCCACCGUGUUUGGACCAACCUGCGAUUCACUUGACACUGUUCUUACGAAUUACAAGCUUCCGGAAUUGCAAGUGAACGAUUGGCUCGUGUUCCCCAACAUGGGUGCUUAUACAACUUCGUCUUGCACUAACUUCAAUGGCUUUAGCUCCUCAGUGAACUCCACAUUCCUUGCAUAUUCCAACCCUAUGACGCCGGAACAGACAAUGUUCUAGUCCAAUCCCAAACUGAAGAUGGCCAUUUCUUACACGUGUUGUUUCUGACAUGUCUCUCUUUUGCUUGGGAAAGUCAACAAUGGCUGAAUAGGUGGUGGUGGCCGCUGCGUGGUUUCUCUUUCAAUGGAUGUAUCUUUUUCUUUUUAUGUCUUUUAAUGUACCUUAGAUGUUCCUAUAAGCUUGGUUUAUUGAU